AUGUCAGCUAGACGUUCUUUUGUGCCGCGUCAAUCCGAGACACCUCGACCUGCACCGAGUGGUCGUGUAUUUGCAGCCCAGGCAAAGGAGCCGGUAGUGGUCGAUGACGUCGUGGCAGGUGCAUCACAUUCAUUCAUCAGUAGCUCAUUUGCUAAGACGCAUGAUAUUGAGAUUUCGGAUAGUGCUAAUGCCUGGUGGGUUUAUGCCCCUGAGCACACAUUUAGUGUCCAUGAGGAGUUAUCGACGUUGAAAGCGAGGAAGUUGAUUAGUAGUGGAUGUGCGGCUUAUUUGGCAACAGUUGUGGAAACUCAAAAGGAACUUCCAGCACUUGGAGAUAUUCUAGUAGUUCGAGAGUUUCCCGACGUAUUUCCUGCAGAGUUACCGGAAUUGCCACCGGACCGGGAGAUUGAGUUCGUUAUUGACUUAGUUCCCGGGACGGCACCAAUUUCGAAGGCUCCGUACAGAAUGGCACCAGCUGAGUUGAGGGAGCUAAAAGCUCAGUUGCAGGAUUUGUUGGAUAAGGGCUUUGCGAAGCCUAGUGAUGCUCUUGGCACACGUCUCGAUUUUAGCACGGAGUUUCAUCCUCAGACUGAUGGACAGUCUGAGAGGAGGAUUCAGAUUUUGGAGGAUAUGCUACGAGCGUGUGUACUUGACUUCAGGGGUGGUUGGCAUGAUUUCUUAGCGAUGGCCGAGUUCACCUAUAAUAACAGUUAUCAGGAAAGUAUCGCUAUGGCAUCGUUUGAAGCCCUCUACGGGAGGAAAUGUCGAUCCCCUAUUCAUUGGAGUGUGGUAGGAGAAAGGAUUGUGCUUGGUCCUGAUGUGCUCCAAGAAGCGGAAGGAAAGGUACGCUUAGUCCGCCAAAGAUUGUUGACGGCACAGUCACGGCAGCAAAGUUAUGCCAAUAAGCGCCGAAAGAACUUGGAGUUUGCGGUUGGCGAUCGGGUAUUCUUGAAGGUGUUGCCAAUGCGCGGGAUAAAGAGAUUUGGGGUUCGAGGAAAGCUUAGUCCUCGAUACAUUGGACCCUACGAGAUUUUGGAGCGAGUUGGAGCGGUAGCUUAUAAAUUGGCCUUACCGCCGAAAUUCGAGGGAAUACAUAAUGUAUUUCACAUUUCGAAUCUUCGCAAGUAUGUGCAUCAUCCUGGACAUGUCCUGGAGUACGAGCCAGUGGAUUUGCAAGAGAAUAUGACCUAUGAAGAAUAUCCAGUAUGCAUUCUAGAUCGAGAGGUGCGAGAAUUGCGAAAUCGCGCAAUUCCCUAUGUGAAAGUGCAACGGAGCAAUCAUUUGAGACGAGAGGCUACUUGGGAGUUGGAAGAAGCUAUGCGCGAAUCCUAUCCCCAUCCAUUAGAUCUGGAGAGCUAA